GGCCUGUGCCGGAGAGCGGGGAUGGGGCGGACUCACCAGAGGUGGCAGCAACAAGCUAGCUUGCCUCUCCAGCCUCUUUCUCCGAAUCCCGCUGAAGCGGUUUCCCACCGACUUUCUUUUCCUACUGCGCAGGUAAGCACAGGGGUGAAAGGUCACAAAAAUGGCGCAGGCCGUCUGUAUUUUACCCCGGUUUCUACUCUCUCGGCCUCUGUUUGGCUUGGCCGCACGCCUCCGGACUCCCGGUUCGGCUGAGCUGAGGCCGCCGUUGCCUGGCCUUUGCUGCUUCUGCUGCCGCCGCCUCGGCUCCAGAGCGGCCCUAUUUCCUCGAGUCUCUUGGGCCUCGGCGGCCUUGACGCUGCCUGUUCGCGGUCCCGGGCGUCCCCUGCUCAACCCUCCGGGACUCAUCGCAGCCCUCCCUGCUUUCCCUUCCUGCCUUCGGCGAACCUAUAGCACUGAGGAGCAACCCCAGCAGCGCCAGAAAACAAAGAUGAUCAUUCUGGGGUUCUCCAACCCCAUCAACUGGGUUCGGACUCGAAUUUACGCCUUCCUUAUCUGGGCCUAUUUCGACCAAGAGUUCAGCAUCGCAGAAUUCUCCGAGGGAGCGAAGCAGGCUUUUGCUUAUGUGUCCAGGUUGCUGUCACAGUGUAAAUUUGAUCUGUUGGAAGAACUUGUGGCCAAAGAGGCGCUACAGGUAUUGAAAGAAAAGGUUACUUCAUUACCUGACAACCAUAAAAAUGCCCUUGCUGCUGACAUAGAUGAAAUUGUAUACACAUCAACAGGAGACAUCUCUAUUUACUACGAUGAGAAAGGAAGGAAGUUUGUUAACAUCCUGAUGUGCUUUUGGUAUCUAACCAGUGCCAACAUCCCCAGUGAAACUAUAAGCGGAGCCAGUGUUUUCCAGGUUAAGUUGGGGAAUCAGAACGUGGAAACUAAACAGCUUCUUAGUGCAAGCUAUGAAUUUCAGAGGGAGUUUACACAAGGAGUAAAGCCUGACUGGACCAUUGCACGGAUUGAACACCCAAAGUUAAUAGAAUAAACUUUCUUGGAAAAAUCAGCUUAUUGGAUUUUCAGCAGUUACUAUGAAAAACUGAGGAAGAAAAAUGUUUGGAUCAGUUGCUCUUCCCUUAAUCAAGUCUGUGGAUUACUUUUGUAUUAUUUUGAAAUACUCCUUAUAGUAAGUUGGCAUGAUACAAUAAAGCAUUUUCCACAGAUCAUUAUCACCUUUUAUAGAAGAGGUCAAAGUUAAAAAAUGACAACAGCUUAUCAUUGGUGUCAUUCAGUAUCAUUUCUAAUGUUACAUGAUAUGUAUAUACACACAAACUAAUUUUAUAGACAGUAAAGAAGGUAUUGGAAAAGACUAUACAUUUCUAAAUUAAUAAUCCUUAAACAUUUUAUUUGUGGUUAAUACAUUUAUACCAAUAAUCACGUAUGUAUAAGGUUUAUUUUUAAAAAUCACUGCUGCUAUUUGAUUACCUCUUUGGUCACUAGCUGGAUGAGAAGGAAUGGAUGGAAUUUAGCAGAUAGGUCACUGCAAAACUAAGGAUCAGUGAACUUGAAGCUUAUUAAAGCACGAAGAGAAAAAAGUAGAGCAGUGUCUCAGCCCCCUGUGGAGUAACUUCAAGUCUUCUAACAUACUUGUAUUUGAACUCCUAGAAGCUGGGAUGGGAGACAAAAACAAAUGUAAGAAAUAAUGUCUGAAAAUUUUCCUAAUUGAUGAAAACUAUAAACCCACAGAUUUUUAAGAAAUUUCAAGAAAUUCAACAGGCAAGCAAGGUAACACACAAAGGUAACUUCUCCAAGGUACAUCAUAAUCAAAUUGAUGAAAACUAGAGAAAAUGAGAAAAGCAGCUGGAGGUAAAAAAGACACAUUCCAAACAGAGAGUGACUGUAUUUCUUUUCUCAAACUGCAAGUGAGAGGCCUUGGCAUGACAUUUUUAAAGUGCUGAAAGAAAUAACCCUGCUGACCUAGAAUUCUAUAUUCAGCAAAAAUAUCCUUCAGAAAAGGUGAGAAAGACUUUUUCAGACAAGGAAAAGAUAAGAGGAUUUGUUGCCAGUAGACAUAUUUUGUAAGAAAUGUUAGGGUCAGUGGGAAUAGAGUUCAACAAUUAACCCAUGCAUAUUGGACAGUGGAUUUUUCACAACGGUGCCAUAGUUAUUCAACGAGGAAAGAAAGUGUUUUUAACAAAUGGAUAAUUAUAUAUUCAAAAAGGAAAUAACCUCAGCUCUUGCCUCACACCACGCAUAAUUGUACUGCAAAAUUAUUAGGUUACAAAGUGGAUCACAGACUUAAUAGAAACUAAUACUCUAGAAAUUCUAGAAGGAAGCAUAGAAGUUGUAUCUUGGACUAGAGAAAGAUUUCUUAGGAAACAGCAUGAAUUGUGAAAAAAAGAUUUAUAAAUUGGAAUUUAUUAAAAUUAGUACUUUUGCACUUUGAAAGGCAGCAACAAGAAAAUGAAGAGCUAAAUCACAGAUUGAGAGAAAAUACUUGUAAUACAUAUAUUUGACAAAGGACCUAUAUCUAGAAAUGCUUAUAGCUCAACAAUGAAGUUAAUGCAAUAAAUAUUAGGGAAGUGAUUUGAAUAGAUUCUUCAUAAAAAUGUUCAAAUUGUUAAUACAU